CGCGUUCAGCUCCAGCUGGGUUUCCGUUAUUUUUUUUUAUUUUUUUGGGGGGGGGAGGUUGUUGAGGAAGGGAAAAAAAAAAAAAGAUGAAGCCUGCCCUGGUGGACUAAGGGGGGUUUAUCGCACAGGCGGCGUUUGAACCAACAAGACCACGACGGGAAAGGCAUGAUCUGAGGGCGAUCCCCCCGAGCGGCGAAGAGCGCACAGAGAAUGAUCGCGGAUUUGUAGGCGCAGUCGUCAUGGCCAUCCGGGAGCUGAAGGUGUGUCUGCUUGGGGAUACAGGAGUUGGAAAGUCAAGCAUCGUGUGUCGUUUUGUACAGGACCAUUUUGAUCACAACAUCAGCCCUACAAUAGGCGCAUCCUUUCUGACUAAGACUGUUCCGUGUGGCAGUGAGCUUCACAAAUUCCUGAUCUGGGACACAGCUGGACAAGAAAGGUUUCAUUCUUUGGCACCAAUGUAUUACAGAGGAUCUGCAGCAGCUGUCAUAGUCUAUGACAUCACUAAACUGGACUCCUUUCAGACUUUAAAGAAAUGGGUAAAAGAGUUAAAGGAACAUGGGCCCGAAGACAUUGUUGUAGCCAUAGCAGGAAACAAGAACGAUCUCGGAGACAUCAGAGAGGUCCCAAUGAAGGAGGCUAAGGAAUAUGCAGAAUCCAUUGCAGCCAUUUUCAUCGAGACCAGUGCCAGGAACGCAGUCAACGUCGAAGAGCUGUUCCAGAAGAUCAGCCGGCGGAUACCACCACUAGACCCUCAAGAGUUAGAGAAUAACGAAGCCUUUAAACUCACUAGACAGCCACCGCCUUCAAAUAAACGCUGUUGCUAAUGAAGGAGGGGAAGAAUAAAGCAUCACCUAGGCGUUGUUGCAGUUCCUACAACAUGAUUCCAUGACAGCAAGCUGAAAUCAAUACCUUGGAUUACUUCAACAACGGAAAGGAAUGCAGUCAAAUUUAGACAAGAAAGUCACAGAAGUGUAGGAGAAGACCUGGCAUUAGGUUUCACCUAUUUUUAAAAACAAAACUUGUUUUUGAAAUAGUAUUUUAUCAGAUCUUCUCAGUUGACGUCGUUUUUUUUCUUCUUGAAAAUGAGAAUCACUCUCCGAUUAACUCAGUCCUAAGAAGUUGUUUUAGAAAAGACCAGUAGUAUUGAGAUGCGUUUCCAGGGAUUGAUCUGAAUGAAUGAACGGUAGAAAUCCGCACACCUUUUCUCUUCGCAGCCAGAGUCCUGUAGCAAAGCUGUGCUGAUGAAACUGUAAUUGUGGAACAUCAAAACGUCUGUGAGUGCAUAUUUCUUUGGAACCUCACAAGAACUAAAAUUCGGAAAGUACUUAUGGUAUAUGGUUGUCAGAGUUUUAUAGUGCAACAUAUGGUAACCAGGAUUUUUCACACUUUGCAAAUACACUUUACACUGUUACACUUUCAUAUUUUUAGGUGACCAAAAAUAUUUUUAACAGCAGGUAAUUUCUAAUUUGGUUUACUAUGAUUUUGUCUUUGCCUUGUGAUAUGUAUUACCUACUAUAGUUAAAAUGGUUUAGCUAAGGUUUUAAGGAUUUUUGUUUCGCUGUAAUAAAAAACUACAAGAUAAAAGAAUAAAAGUAGAAUUUUAGAAACUACUCUCCAAUACUUCAAUAGCUACAGUUACACAAACAACUUGAGUUAGAGAUAUGUGACUGGCCGUGCUUAAUUAACCUUUUUUUAUUCUCAAACAGAAGAGACUACUUUAUACAAUAAUUUUAAUCCCUCAUGCUCUGCAAAUAUACUGCACUUCCCUCCAGAUGAUAGUAUGUGUUUGUAACUGCUGUAUGAUACUUUCAGACCAUGGUUUGACUGCUAGUAUUUGGGUAUAGCAGCACCACUGUGUUCAAUGCCUCCCAUCCAUUGUUAAAGUAUUCUGUGUUGGAUUGAGUCUGGCAACAUAUUGCUGGUUUAGCAGGUGGGAAGAUUAUUCCAUUUUAAAGUGAUUUAUUUGUCCUGUCAGUUUUAUAAAAAGGAGAUGAAAAUGAAAGUUCCUAAACUAAGUGUUUACAAAAGAUUAAAAACCGUGAACCAGGGCUAACAGUAUUUGACUUGAAUACUUUGAGAAAACUAAUCUGAAAACGUGGUCCUCUGUAGUUUCGCAGGUGAUAUCCAAUAGCAAAGACAAAUGCUCCCAUCUAGUGCUGAAAGCCACCCAUCUCAGGAGGGAAGAUGUGGAAGUAGCAUAAGAAUAUCCUGCUGGCAGGAUCUCUAACAGUAAGACAAGCAAAUCAUCUUUACAUACACAGUAGAGUGUUUGAUGCUGCUGGUGGGUCAUUUUCAUGCUUUUUUAUUUUAGUAAUGUUAAUCAUUUUGUCAGACUGUAAAUGUUCUCCAUAACCCCUUCGUUUCUAGCGGGAUGUGUGUUCGCAUAGUGAAUACUUUAUUUAUAGAGAGAUGGAAAGAAACCUUCAGGACAAAGUCCCUCGCCCCCUCAGGCUUCAGUAUGAGUUUACUGGCUGCUAAUGUACGACUUACUACUGCUUGGGUGUGCCUACUGGUGUGACUGGAGGAGGGGGUUAGUACACCACAUCCUCUUAUUUAGGGAGUUUAGUGCAGGUAACUAAAAUAGCCAGGUGGCUUGCCAAGACUUGUGAAUGAUAUCGAGACGGUCCAUUCCUGUCUCUGCAUUUCUACAAGGCGUGAUAGUGCAAGCAUUUAGGACCCAGUGAAUCAGUACAUUUCCAGUUGUGAUAAAAAGAGAUGAGCACAUGAAAACAACUGGUGAAUCAUAAAACACAAUCAAAUAUUAAUUUCAUUAAUUGUAGUUAAACACGAGCAUAUAAUUCUGUAGGCAUCAGUUAACUUCAUUAAUUGAUUGUAGGAAUACACCAUUUUUGGGACAGCAAGGUAACAUGGGAAGAUGCCAUAACGGUAGCAUGUUAUAUUACAUUUCUUGCUUUCGUAGUUUAUAAAAUUGGCUUUUGAAUGUUUUCUUGCGUUCUAGAUAGUUUUAUGUUUAUCUUGCCUUCUGAAAUAUCCCAGUGGAUAUUAAUUAUAAUUACCUACGAGCAAAGAAUACAGCGCCUUAUUUACUCUUACUUGUCUGUUGAAAAUGCCUGGUGUGAAGAGAACAUGACUAGACUAGUGACUAGUAAUCUUCACUGUCUUUGCUGCACAGUUUUCUGAGAAGUCAGAGCUAAGCAUACUUGUUCUCUUCAUCACAGAAUACAGGAAAAUCAAGAGCCAACCCCCCUCCCAAAAAAAAAGCUAGUGAAAACGACACCAGUUGAGUAUUUUAAAGACAAUACUGUAGCUGCAGCACUUUUUCAAACCAAACGAAAACAAUUGAGCUUCUGGAUCUAUCACAGUAGCUCCAUUGACCCGGUCACAUUCACUCACUGUUUUGAUGACAUUAAUGAGGAAUUCAGAAGUGUCCAUUGUGAACACUGUGGGCUUCUGAAAGGUGGUCAUCUUCAAAAUUAUUGGAUGUUUUCUUAACUAAUAAUAAGUAUUCACAAGAACACCUAGUUAAUAAAGCUGUCUUGACUGCUUAAAUAUGCUUCUGGUACUGAUUCUGGAUUGUCAGUAUAUUUAAGGCUUUCCACUUUUCAGGAAUUCAUCUACUCCAAGGAGUCCUCUAGUGGGAAUGAGGGGUUGUUUCUUGUGCAGUCGUGUCCUUUUUUCUCAUGGAGAGGACUAGGCGAAAUAUCUUUCAUUUUGUCGCAAUGUAUUCUUAGGUAUGGGCUGGUUCCACACAAAAUAAUGUGCAUGUGUCAUUCAACUAAACUAAUCUGAGUGUAUUAUCAUGUCGUUAGAAUAGCCAUAUAUAUUAUCUGUACAUAGCAUAUUAACAUUUUAUAUUAAUCUGUAUAUGACAAUAAACAUCCAUAAUGUUUGAA